AUGUUGUGUCGUCUCUUGCAUUCACCUUCUUUCAUUAUUCUUCCUCUCUUCAAAAACUCAUUCUCCAAAACCAAAACCAUUCACUGCAACAAAAAAUUCACUUUUUCUUCUUCCACUUCUCUUGCACUUUCUUCCUCACAAACCCAUUUCACUAAACCUCAAAAUUUCUCAUCUUUUGAUCCUAACACCUUCAAAGUCCUCCAAAGACUCUACCUUUAUCGUAACAACCCUUCACUUGCACUCUCUUACUUUACUCAACUUAACCAACAUGGUUUCACACACAAUAUUCAAACCUAUGCUUCUUUCAUUAGAAUACUAUGUUAUUGGAAUUUGAAUACAAGUUUGGAUUCUCUUCUUCGCGAUAUAAUUUCUCGUUGUUCCCAACAAAACCCAUUAUUUGAAGUUCAUGAAUUGUUUGAGAAACUAGUAGAGAGUGUUGAUUUUGAUAAUAAAAAUUGUUACUUUGUUAGAGCUUUUGAUGGGGUUGUUAAAGCUUAUGUUGGUCUUAACAUGUUUGAUGAAAGUGUUGAGUUCUUGUUUCAAUUUCAAAUUGAGAGGUUUAGGAUUUUUCCAACUAUGUUUGCUUGUAAUUUUCUUAUUAACCGUUUGGUUAAUUAUGAUAAAAUUGAUAUGGCUUUGGACGUUUAUGGUCGAAUUAAGAGGCUUGGUUUGUGUCCUAAUCAUCACACUUAUGGCAUUAUUAUCAAGGCAUUGUGUAAGAAGGUUGAUUGUUUGAAAUACGUUGUUCGUGUGUUUGAUGAAAUGAUGGAUGCUGGUGUGACUCCCAAUUCGUAUUGUUACGAAGCUUAUAUUGAGGGGCUGUGUAAUAAUCAUAUGUCUGAUUUGGGAUAUGAAGUGCUCCAAUAUCAUAGAAAGAUGAACGCUCCUAUUGAGGUUUAUGCCUAUGCCGCAGUUAUUCGCGGGUUUUGUAAUGAAAUGAAAUUAGAUAAAGCCGAGGAUGUGUUUUAUGACAUGAAAUGGAAGGGACUUGUUCCUGAUUCGCAUGUUUAUUCUUCGUUGAUCCGUGGAUACUGUAAGAGCAAUGAUUUGGGUAAAGCUUUCAAAUUACACGAGGACAUGAUUUCGAAGGGUAUAAAGACAACUUGUGUGAUUGCUAGUUGUAUCCUUCAUUGCUCGGGAGAGAUUGGUAUGUAUUCAGAAGUUGUAGAUGCAUUUAAAGAAUUAAAGCGGUUGGGUGUGUUUCUUGAUGGGGUAGCAUACAACAUUGUUUUUAAUUCUUUGUGUAAAUUGGGUAAGGUGGAUGUAGCAGUAGGUAUGUUGGAGGAGUUGAAAUCCACGCAUAUCGAUGUAGAUAUCAAACACUACACAACCUUUAUUAGUGGUUACUGUCUUCAAGGUAAAACCGAUGUAGCCUAUAGUGUUUUCAAAGAAAUGGAGGAAAAUGGAUUUAAACCUGAUGGUGUUGCUUAUAAUGUACUAGUUGCCGGUUUGUUUAGAAAUCGCCGUGAUCGUGAAGCAGUUGACCUUUUGAGUUAUAUGGAUAGUCAAGGUGUGAAGCCAAACUCCAUUACACAUAAGAUUACCAUUGAAGGUUUGUGUUCAGCGGGCAUGGUUGAAGAUGCUGAGGCAUAUUUUAACUGUCGGAAAGAUGAAGGUGUCGAAAUCUAUACUGCCAUGGUUAAUGGCUAUUGUCAGGCUGGCCUUAUUGAAAAAUCAUAUGAAAUUUUCUGUGAGAUUUCAAACCGAGGAGAUAUUGCAAAAGAAAGUUCUGGUUUUAAGCAACUUAGCAAAGUAAUGUAUUCUAAAGUAUUAACUGCAUUGUGCCAAGCAGAGAAUAUGAAACAUGCUCGCUCUUUGUUUGAUUUUUUCGUUGAGAAAGGAUUUACGCCUGACGUUGUAACUUACACAAUUAUGAUAAAAAGUUAUUGUGAAAUGAAUUGCUUGCAAGAGGCUCAUGACCUCUUCCAAGAUAUGGAGAUCAGAGGGAUCAAACCUGAUGUCGUUACAUACACAGUUCUACUCGAUGUGGGACUAAAACAUUUCUAUUCUCGACACAGAAAAGGAAAGGAUGCAAUGUACAAUAUUUUGACUAUCUGGGGAGACAUGAAGCAAAUGGGAAUUAGUCCAGAUGUUGUUACUUACACUGUUAUGAUUGAUGGGCACCUAAAGAUUUAUAACUUUCAAAACGCAAUUACAUUCUUUAAUGAAAUGAUUGACCUACGACUAGAACCAGAUAUUGUAACAUACACUGCUCUAGUUUUUGGCUUGUUAAACGGAGGGUACACGGAUAAUGUGGUUAUGAAGGAAAUAACACCACCCUUGCAUAUCAUCUCAAAGUUAGAACGUCAAAUUAUAAAAUUUAGAAAGGUGCAAUUUCUAAAGUAG